CCACAGAUUCAUCACUUCCAAGCUUUUUUGAAAAGCCACCGAAAGAUUUUCUCCCGCUCAAACCUCUCUCUUCUGGCGAUGAAACGUCGAAGCCGCCAAUUGCUCGACCAAAUGCCCGACAGAGUACCCAACUCCGUAUCCUGCCCCUCGACCUCCCUAAGAAGAUCUCCCCGACUCCUCCACCGGAAUCACCCCCCUCAGUCUCCGGAUUCUAAGACCCCACGAUCCAAUCCUGAUAACUCCCUGAGAAGAUCUCCCCGAUUCCUCCCCCGGAAUCACUCCCCUCAGUCUCCAGAUUGUAAGACACCACGACCCAAUCCUGAUAGGAAAGCCCGGGCAAGACAUCAGCCUGUGGAGAACCCGAAGAAAUCGGCGAAAUCAGGAAACGGGUCGAGGGGGCCAGGUAAUCGGGCAACUGGGUUGAGGCAGUCCCCGAGGCUGAGCGUCCGAGCGGAGAAGAGUCCGGAAUGUGCCAAGAAAGGGGAAGCGAAUAGGAGAUCCACAAGACUAAGCAGUGAGGUGAAGGAUAUGCGGAAGGAGAGAUCGGGGUGUGCGGAAAAGAGGCCACAAAUGGGCACUAGGUGCUGUGUUCUUGGACUGGCAGCAGCUGUUGAGAAGAAAGUAGGGAGAGAGGCUGAUCAUAAGACUCAAGGGGUUAAGAGGAAAAGAGAGGCGGAAGCUUCAGGGAGCGAGCAAGGGUGGACUAAAGAGCAAGAGGCGGCGCUGGAGCGAGCUUAUUUGGCUGCGAAGGUGACCCCUAGUUUCUGGAAGAAGGUCUCCAAGCUGGUACCAGGAAAGUCGGCGCAAGAAUGCUUUGACAAGUUCAACUCUGAUCUCCCAACUCCUCAGCCUAGAUCUCGCUCAAGGGCAGCUAAAACAAGGACAUCUCAAUCGGAACGUUCUCCUCUCUCAGCAAGCAAGAUACUUGAGCCUGUGAAACCAACUAACAAGACAUCGAGACGCAGAAAAAUGAAAAGCCAUAUCGUGCAAAGAACUGUUCGGCAAUUAUUGCAGAAACACUGUCAGAUGGACCAAACCGCUGGGGCCGAUCUGUUCUCAAUUCUCGAGCCCAAUGUGAACUCAUCUGCGAAAAUCUUGGAGUCAAGUUCUAUAUUGUCCACCCCAGAGACUGCAGGGAAAAAGCAAGGAUUUCUCUAUACUUUGCGGGAAAGAACUUCUAGCAGCAAGAAGCCUCUCUCAAGAUUUCACGGCUCGGGUGAGACAGGGAAAGUUCUUAUUAGUCCGCCGGUGUUAAAGCCAGUGAAAAACCGCGCCUUGCAUGAGAAAUAUCUCGAUCAGCUACACAGCAGGGAAGCGAGAAGGAAUGUAGCUUCUGCUGGAAAUAAAAUCCUAAGAACUCCGAAAGUUGAUGUGGUUAGGGCUGCCAAGGAGGCAUUGGUUUCUGAUGUGAGGGAUGCUAUCCAUCGGCUCCAGGAUUUUCAGGAUAGUCCUAAUAGUGGCUCUCGAGAUCUCGAUGAUGAUUAUGGUGCUGAUGAAGAUGAAGAUGACGAUGUAAAUAACGGAUGUUAGCGAGAAUACUUUUUCUCUAUCAUUCUAUUGAGAUACUCCAGUUUUUCAUCAAUUGAUGAUGGAGAAAACAACAAUGUAAGUAGAUGUAAAAUUUUUCCAUUUCGUUCUCUAAGAAAAUGUUCAUCGGGAUAUAAUGGCACGAUAAGCGACAGGAUUUUGGUGCA